AUGUGCUCAAUCGAAACUUUUGUCGCAUCUUGUCAUCGAGUCUUCCUCUUCUGCUGCUCCUUAUUCCCUCCUUACUUGCAUCACUGCCUCGUGUCUCAUGCCUGCUCAGUGGAUGAAAUGGCUCCUAAGAGAGUGACGCGGCCACGGAUUGAAGAGGUCAAAGAGGCGGUGUUGGCAGCAUUGAGAGAGGGGUCGGUUGCACACAAGGGGGAGGUGAACAAGCUGCGCCAAAUGCUGAAUGUUUUGAAGAAAGAUAACAAGACGACUGCUGCUGUGAUGGAGGAGAGGGAGAGACGGCUGGAAGCAGUGAACGGGGAGUUGGCAUCUGUGAAAGAAGAGUUGGCAUCGGUGAAGGAGGAGCUGGGAGCGGUGAAGGGAGAGGUGGGAGCGGUGAAGAGGGAGUUGGCGGAACAGGGGGUCGCCAUGGCAGAAAAAUUGGCUGAGAGUGGUAGGGCAUUGGGUGUGAAGGGGCUGAAUGGGAAGAGGAAAAAGAGGAGGCUGGAAGGGAGAGAGGAGUUUGCACGGGAGGAGGAGAGUAGGGAGGUGCAGGAGAUGGAUCGACCACGUGUCGUGGAGGAUUCGGCGGCCUGUGAGAAAGGGCGGAUGAUACAAGAUUUGGAGCUGGAUGUUGAGCUGCAAAUCAGGCAGAGUGAAGGCGAUCGGAAGAUGGCAUGGGAGGUGAGUGUUGAGUGA